AUGAAUUACUACGAUUCAAAUUUGCUGCUGGAAAACGCUAUUGACUUAUCGAACUCUCUGGCUCAUGUGAUUUAUGUAGCCGGCAUAGAUUUAGGUAAAGCAUUGGCCUGCAUCGAUUACAUUUCAUUUGCCAUUCUAAACUACGAUACAAUCUGUAAAAAGGGAUAUGACACUAAAAUAAAAUUACGAAAAUCUGAUCUAAUGCUUGAGUUCACUAAGAAGUGUCUGAUGACACGUGAUGAAGCAAGGUUCACCUAUAAAAUAGUUAAAAUUGGCUUCAUGGCAUAUUACAACAAUCGCUCAACGUUACUAGAUUGUAUACCUGGAGAUCUUGAACUGGACUUAUGGUACAAGGCUUCUGAGCAAAUAGCUAAGGAGUUGUGGGGAUAUAAGGAUUUGACUUGUGAUAUGUAUAACUACUUUACGGAACAAUUUCAAAUCGUUUUAUUUCAAUUCUUUGAACGUGCGAAGUAUAGAAAGUCAAACGCAGACAGUAUUAAAUCGAAAUCAGACGAGUAUUGUUAUGAAAAUUAUAUUGAUUUGUAUGAAAAACUUCAAGCAGAUAGAGCCGAACAGGAGGAAUUGGAUGAGUUGGCUUUGUGUAAGAUCAACAAAAAGUGUGAACUUUGCGCAAAAGAAAGAACAAAAGCUGAACGAAUCAUGGAGCGUAGGGAAGCACCUAAAUGUGUUGUUUGUCAUCGCUUAAAGCAACAGUGUAUUUGUCCCACAUGGGAUAAUACUAUAUGGGACAAUCCAACCUUUUUUGAUUACUACGAAGAUGCUAUUAAACAAAAGAAAGAGGAAGCCGCGAGACAAACUACUAAUUAUUGA